CCACCACUUUGGAGACCCUGACUCGCUUCCCAGACUCCAUGCUGGGGGCCAUGUUUAGGGCGGGCACCCCCAUACCCCCCAACCUCAACCCCCAGGGAGGCGGCCACUACUUCAUUGACAGAGAUGGCAAGGCCUUCCGGCACAUCCUCAAUUUCCUGCGGCUGGGCCGCCUGGACCUGCCCCACGGGUAUGGGGAGACAGCCCUUCUAAGGGCAGAGGCUGACUUCUACCAGAUCCAGCCCCUCCUGGAUGCCCUGCGGGAACUGGAGGCCUCUCGGGGGGCCCCUGUACCCACAGCUGCCCUGCUCCACGCAGAUGUAGAUGCCAGCCCCCGCCUGGUGCAUUUCUCCGCGCGCCGGGGCCCGCACCACUACGAGCUGAGCUCCGCACAGGUGGAUACCUUCCGAGCCAACAUUUUCUGCACAGACUCCGAGUGCCUGGGGGCCAUGCGGGCCAGAUUUGGGGUGGCCAGUGAGGGCAGGGCAGAGGGAGGCCCGCACUUUCGUCUGGAGUGGGCCCCCUGUCCCGCAGAACUCCCCGAGGCAGAGUAUAGGAGACUGGGUCUGCAGCCUCUGUGGACUGGGGGGCCAGGAGAGCUACGGGAGGUGGUGGGUGCACCCGGCUUCCUGGAGGAGGUGCUGCGGGUGGCUCUGGAGCACGGUUUCCGUCUAGACUCCGUCUUCCCUGACCCCGAAGACCUGCUCAACUCGCGAUCUCUGCGCUUUGUGCGGCACUGAACCCGCCGCCUUCCCAUCUGGGCUGGGUGGGGGAGAGGGUGGACAGCAAAGGGAACGAAGCCCCCCCUGAAGCCUCUUAGCUCUGCCUCUGGAGCCAUGAGAGUCAGGGCUCCCGCUGCACCUGACUGGAGCCCAGGCAUGAGCAGCAGCUCCCAAGUCUAAGCGCGCUGAAGGCUCACAGCCACGGGAAGGAUCUGGACUGGUGCUCAAUCUGGGAUGGGUGGGGAAGGUUCCCAGGCUUGUCCCUGCCGGAGACUGGCGGCCUCUAGCGUCUCCUUGGUGGAGCUCAGUAUUCAAGGUUCUAGAAAAGUCGGGACACCUCUCUGCCCAGGCUCAGCCUAGCAGGACUCUGGAGGGACACUGGAGUGUGGGAGAAGGACUUCGGGUAGGUGUGAUGUGGUCUCCUGGACCGUGGAUUCUCCUGCUGCUGAAUGGGCCUGCUCUGGCCUGACCAAAGAGAGGCCGGAACACUCUAGAAUAUGGGAAGGGGGUUUCUUUGCCAUGUCCCAGGUCACCUACUAAGGGAGACAGAAAGGCUACACCCUACCCUAGGUCGGCUUAGGGAACUGGAGAGAAUGCCCAUACUCUAGAUACCCAAGUGUUUUCUAGGGCCCCAUAUUGCUGGAGCUGGCCACAGGGACGAGGGUGGCAUCUGCUUGGGUCCUGGGCUUGCUUUGUUCACGUGCUCACAUGUGCCAGCCAGUGUGUCUGAUCGAUGUGUGGGUCUCUGCCGUCCCGGCUCCUGUCUGCAUUGCCGGAAACGGUAUCCGUGGGCUCUGCGUGCCUAGGCCGGUUUGGGGUUGCCCGGUGACUCUUUCAAGUAAAUCGAGAGUGAGGAGUUUCAUCAGAAAGGGGGGGGGGGGACUGUGCACAUGCAUAUAGGACAUGUAGGACGCAUGUAGACUGUGCACAUGGAGGCAGGACAGGCCGGUGGAGGUCUCAGCCACCAGGAUCUUCCGGGUGGAAGAUAAGAGAAGUCCCUGGGCCCAGCCAGGCCUAGGAGGCCCGUGCAGAACUCUCCGUUGCUAAGGCAACUAUGGGCACGUUGCUAGGAGAUGGCUGGGAAGGCCCAGGCUGCCCAGGGCAGAGGGGAGAUGAACAGAAGAGGUGGGGAGAGUGGG